AUGGCAAUGCAGUCAGAGUCUGUUCAAGGUUUACAACAGCAACGGGGACACAUCAAUGAACUUGAAGAGAAACGAUGGUUAAGCGAACCAGAGAAUGAUCGGGAUCUGAUCUCACAUUAUGUUUUCAAAAAAAUUCUUGGAGGUAACUACGUGUGCCCAAUCAACGCAAAUAAUAUGGAGAAAUGCCUUGAAGUAGGAUACGGAUGUGGUAUCUGGAUGAUGGAAAUGGCAAGUGCGUUUCCAGAAUGUCAAUUCUACGGGAUCGAUCUGGAUCCUGACACGCCAGACAGCACUUAUCCAAAUAACUGUAAUUUUCUUAAAGGCGAUUUUACUGAUGGGCUUCCAUAUCCUGAUGAAACAUUUGACCUGGUUCAUGUAAAAUCCCUGUUAGUAUUCAAGCCGAUGGAUCACAUUCUCCAGCUAAUCAAAGAGAUUUAUCGAGUCACGAAAAAGGGUGGAUAUUUCGAGUAUAAGGAAUCUCUCGAUGUAAUAAAUCCGGGUCCAACCUUGAGCUCAAUACAAGAAAGACGUCACUCAAUUCUAAAUGAGCAAAACAUUGACAACAACCUAGUGCGCUCAUUCGAUCGUACACUACGGCAACAGGGAUGGGCUGAUGCAACGUUAACGAUAUAUUUGGUUCCUUUAGGAGAUAGUGACAAAACAAUUCCUAGGCUUUGUUUCGAAAAGUUGCGAUUAUAUUACGAAAAGUUCGCUGACAUUUUCACUGAGAAAUUGAAGCUUCCUAAUAAAGAAGAGUUUAAAAAGUCGUUGCAGAAUAGUAACCUUGAACCAGAAUGUGAAAAGUUCAAGUCUGAUCUAGAGAUUGCUGCUGGGUUCGCCUCAAAGUAUUCACCUGGUAUAUCAUUACCAAAUUUAAAUCCCAAAGGAGGUGGUGGGCUUGGUCCAAUCGGAGCAGGAAAUGCACACCCCCAAAAAGGUGAAUUCGAUCCAUAUUUUCCCUGGGAACGCGGCCAGGUACCAUGUCUUGACGUGGUCACACCAACUCCCGAAACAGUUGUCAGUCCUAACGACCGAGUCGUGAUACGCUGGCAAAAAUCAGCAAACUGUACUGCAAUGACGCCACUCAUAAACUUUGACGUGAGUUUAGUCGCCAGUCCAUCCGUAAAAGGCACCGCGGCGAAACCUAAAAUGUCUUCCGAAUACCAGACAGAAAUUGCGACUGGCGUCCAAGAAAUGUACUAUGAGUGGAUUGUACCGGUUAUUGGAUACGGUUCUGUGAAAAAUAACACGGCGUAUUAUAUUCACGUGCAGUGUGUGUCGAUGGUGAACACUAAAGAUGGGGAGGUUGUAGUUUUCGGAAAUUCAUUGGAGCCAUUUACUAUUACAAGGACGGCUACUCAAGAACCAAAAACUUAUUAUCCGCUUGAUAAGCCUACUAAAAGUUUGUCGGCGCCUAGUAAUACUUCGAUGUUGCCGAAAGAAACGAAUAAAAAUAAUAGUACUAGCAGUAGUGAUGGAAAGCACUUGUCAGUUACUAUUACAGAAAUGCCAUUUACAAAGAAUAUCAUUGCUUUAGUGACGCUUUUUCUUGGGUUUUUUCUAUUCAUGUAA